AUGCGCCCACCAGCUGCAGUUGGAGUGCUAAGGGCCCGCGUCAGCACAGCCAAGACCCUGCCCUUGGGACUCAUCAGCCGUGACAGCCCUACCUGCGGGGACCUGCCACGUGCCUGCACCGUCACCGAGUGCUCACUGGCAUCCGGCCUGGUCGGCACACCCCUCUCGUGCGGGCUGGGCCUCAGGGCAGCUGAGCCAGGAAGGCACGCAGACCCCGAGCCUGGCACCCACGACCCCCCUGUGCUCCUGCCGGGGCGCCACGCCAACUCCAAGGACUGGGGGCGCUUUGCCGGUUCUGAGUUUUUCAGAAGCACCAGGGUGGACCCAUCCACCUUCAGGCCCCCUCGGCUCCUGGCCAGCAGAGACUUGGGUGGCCUCUGGGGGCUCCCUGAGGAGAGGGGGGAGCCGGGAAGUCGUGCGUCUUCCACACGGGGGGGGCGGAGCCGACGGUCAACCACAAGCACGCGGACCCUAAGGGCAGACGGGCCGCGGUCCUCUGCAGCCAAGAAGGGCCUGGCGGCGGCCCUGAGGAGGCCCGGGCCCUGUGAGCAGCCAGGCGCCCCGAGGGGCGCUCCCUUCGUGGCCUGGUCCGACCACCUCGAGAGGCCGGGUGCCCUGGGGAAGGCCGGCUGCUACCCGCUGUGGACAGCAGGCAAGGAGGGCAAGGAUGGGGACAGCUCGGUGUCAUCGGGCCGUCUCUCUGGCUCCUCCGGGGGCCACGAGUCGUGUGCCCCUCCGCACGGGCUCUGGACGGAGAGGCCCCCGCAGGUGCUGGGGUGCCCGCGGCUGCACAGGGACAGCAGCCCGCGGCUGGAGCAGCUGAGGGACAAGAUCCGGGCCCAGGUUCGGUGGCAGGGCAGCUGCGCCUCCCUGGGCACCUCGAUGCCCUCCAGCGCCUCACACCUCCACAAGGCCUCCAUGCCGGCCCCCCGGCAGAAGGUCCAGAAGCUGAAGAAGGCCCCUGCGGCCCCGGCCUACCCAGUUCCACGGGAAAACCCCAAAAGCAUGAAAAGUUGUUCUUGUAAAAGAGAGAAGCCCUCCGCAUGGUGCGCCCGAAAGGCUGCCAAAGACAGGGAGUCCGAGCUGGUGGGCGCCCAUGCCUGGAGGAAAGGACAAGCGCUGGCGCGGGGGCUGCUCGGGCCCCCGCCUGCCCUCCCCAGGCUCCGGAGCACGGCAGCCUCCGGGGAGACGGCCCACCCCGCCGAACCAGGGGACACCGAGAAGGCAGGAGCUGCCAAGAGCCACCCUGUCCGCCCCCGGACGCCCAGUCCAGCCGCUACGCGCAGGCACCCGCAGGUGCCUCCCAGCUCGCCCCUCCAGGCGCCCUGCAACCCAGCUGUGACCAUCCAGUCGGCUCUGGCCAUCCUUCAAGACCUGCGCCGGCAGAUCCAGGCAGGGCUGGAGUUGGCCCGGGGCCACCAGCUCAGGCGAGGGUGUGAGCAGCGGCCGUCACCGUGGUGCCGGCAGGAGCCGGCGGGGAGGAGGCCCCGGGACCCCUGUGGGGCCCCAGACCCGCGGAGCUCCUUCUCCGAGAGUCCCUGGGUCCCCACAAGGGGGACGCCCUCCUCCUCAGAGAGGGCUGGGGGCGUGCCCGCCGGGCAGCGCUGGAGAACCUUGGCCCGGUGGGAGUCCUAUCCGCAGAGGACCUGGUGGACGCCAGGACAGGACGCAGCUUUCCAGAGGCCUGGGAGUCCCCGAGAAAGGCUGGGCUGCUUCCCUCAGCGGCCCUGGAGCGCCUCGGCCGGGCGGAGGGCCUGGGCCACGCGAGAUGGCUGGGAGGCCCCCGCCCGAGGGCCGCGGAGCCCCCUGGAAGGGCCAAGCCCUGCCUCCCAGCGGCCCUGGAGCGCCUCCCUCACAAAGUGGGCUGGCAGCCCGUGCAAGGGCGCCCCGCUGCCCCCCUCGGGAGCAAAGGAGGCAUGGCUCGGGCCUGCCCAGAGCACCCUCCAGAUGGCGCCCCGGAAGGACAGUGAGGCGCCGCCGCCGCCGCUGCCCUGCCCGAAGACCCGGGGGCUCCUGGGCCGCCCCUACAGCCCCGCCUCCUUGCGAGAGUUCAUGCACCAGAAGGCGCUGGCGCGGCGGCAGCAGGCCCUGGAGGAGAAGGCCUCGGCCGUGCGGGCGCUGGAGCGGAGGAACCAGAGGCUGCAGGACGUGUACCGGAAGCAGAGGGAGGCCGUCCUGGGCAAGGCCGGCCCCGUCAAGGCCGGCCCCGUGGUCUCCCAGACCAACCCCAGCAUCGUGACCUUCGUCCCACACGCGGCACAGUGCAGGGACCAGGAGGCGCCCGGGAGCCUGGGGUCACCCGUUAUGCAGUGGAGCAAGGUGACUUCCGGCAUGGUGCUGGGGGACCAGGAGGCCCCGGGCAGCUUCUGCCUGUGUCUGAAUGGAGCCUUGGACGGCGCCGAGCCCCUGGACACAGCCGGCCCCCCGGAAGGCUGGCAGGGCACGCCCCUGUGGAGGUCGGCCAGCCCCGCCCUGGGCCCCCCGGGGCUCCGGGACCUGGCCGCCCAGCACCCGUGCCCGGGGCUGUGCAUCUACCUGGACCCCGAGGAGGCCCAGCGCCUGGGCACGCCGGGCCCCCUGCACUUCCGGUACAAGCAGGCCCGGCUGCAGGCCCUGGAGACCAUGGCCAACAUCCUGAAGCAGCGGAUCGACCUCCUGACGGCCAAGCUGCUCGGGUCCGAGGCGGCGGACGCCCCCGGGGGCCUGGCCUCGGACCCGCCACCCUUGUGCCCCGGCACCGCAGCCCCCGCACCGGCCACACCGGCCUGCCCCAGGGCCCUGGUGCCCGACGGGGGCAGAGGGGCCCCCUGGGACGUGCCGGCCAGGCUGCUGCCGUCUCCCGCCAGCUUCCCGGACGGCGAGGCGCUGCUGUGGAGCCCCGGCCGGCCCCGAGGUCUCGUGGAGGACAGCUGUUCAGAGCUGGACAAGAGGCUGGCGAGAAACAUGGCUUCCUUCCAGGCCCUCCGCCCCUUGGCCGGGAGCUCACCUGGGGCGCCAGCGCCGCCGGACCCCACCUGCGGCUCCCUGUGGCUGGAGGAGACGCCGCCGCCACCGCCGCCGUGGGCCGGAGGGGCAGGCUCGGCCACGCCCUGGACCUCGCGGAGCUGCGGUAAGGGCGAGCCUGCCGGCUGGCUGGUCGGGGCGCCGGGGGCGCCCGGCGGGGACCCCCUCCACGGUCUGGCGCUCCGGCGAGGAAGCCUCCCGGAUAACAUGGGGCUGGGCCAGGCACUGCCACCGACCGGGCUGCUGCCUGCUCUGCGGGCGUCGGUCUCCUGCGUGGGCAUCAGUCUCGUGGCCCCAGGGCCACGAGAGUGCGAGGGCCUGGCUGUCAUCGUGGCCCCGGCCCCUGGACAGUGCCUGUCACGGGUGGGGGGCCGGCGGGGGUACUUGCUGAAGGAUGAACGACCUCCUGGACGCCGAGCACCCACGGGCGACACCGACUCCCACGAGCGGGCGCAGCGCCGUCCCACAGAACCUUCUGGAAAGAGGGAAGUGUUCUACCCUGUGGGCUCUCCUACGCGGCAGCCACCAGGUCAGCCCGGCCAGCCCCGGCCCAGGCACGUCGCCGACAUCCGGCAGAGGUCCCUGCGCUUUCUCCAGUCCCUGGAGCGGCACCAGCAGACUCGGGAGCAGGCACUGGCUCUUCUGCGGCAGCGGGCGGAGCUGGAGGUCUGGGAGACCCAGAGAGCCCUGGAUGAGCUGCUCCUCAAACACCGGCUGGAGAGGCUGAUGGGGAACCAUGCGGCCCUGUCCAGGCCGGGAGCAGCUUCAGAACCGGAGGGGCUGCAGGUGUGUGGGGACCCGGAUCUGAAGACCUCUCAGAGUGCUGUGACAGCCGGACUGAGGUCGCAGCCUGUCCUGGGCGGAGAUGCCGCUGUGCCCUCCCGGGGCUCCGAGGAAGGACAGGGGAGGCAGGACGGCCAGCCAGCCUCUGCAGAGCCCGCGGAGGAGGGGAGACCAGACCAAGGCCUCUCCCCGUUGCUCCUGGCCAGACUGUAUCCUGGGGACAGCCCCAUCCACCAGAUGUUACAGCAGAGCCUCCGGGAGCAAGAGCUGCACGCACAGUACCUGGCCGCGCUGCUGCGCCUGCGCGAGAAGGCGCUGGAAGAGAAGACGUGCUCGGAGCUGGCCUGGCUGGAGCACCGGAGAAGGUGUCUGGGCAGCGAGGGGGGCGUUGCUGUGCUGGCAGCCUUGGCGGAGAGGCAGCGGCAGGCCCUGGGCGACCUUGAGCGGGAGCAGAGGGAGAUUCGGUCCCUGCGGCGCAGUCCCCUGUCCUCACGCCACGACGAGAGGACCCUGCUCCUGCAGCAUCACCGGGACAUCCUCUCCGUGCAGAAGUCCUUGGCCCGCCUGCAGCGGGAGCUUCAGGCCACGCCCUGGCUGCUUCAGAGUUCCGGCCCCGACGUCCCGGCUGCCCGGGACGGGGACUCUGAGACAAGCCAGCCGCCGGAGGGGCCUGUGUGGGGCGCAUCACACCCCCCGACGCCACACAGGCCUGGCAGCCCUGGCAGCCACCGCCCCUGCGGAAGCACCGAGAGCCUGAGUGCCCUAGCACUGCACCCCACGCCUUGUCACCUGCUCCAGCAGUGGCCCCAUCUGUGGGCCGUGGGCCCUGCUGGUAGCUGCUGGGUGGGGAGGGGCCAGCCAGGACCUGCCUUUCUUUGCCCAUGCACUAGACACCUGGCCACCGACCACAGCUGUCCCCUGGAUGUGACUCGUGUUCCCCUCGUUGAGAGCUGCGGCUGGGGCAGGACACUCCAGGAGGGCGCAGCCUGGGGGGGCAGUCACCGCCCCUCUACCCUGCCCUGCAGCCUUGUCACCGAGCAGCAGGACAGGACAUCCUCUGGGGCAACUUCAGCUGUGGACGGUCACCUGCAGCCUCGGAGGCCAGCUUGGGGACAGGAGACACCCACGGCCGAUGGCUGGCCCAGCACCCAGGGCGGGCCGGUGGAGAGCGGCAGCCAUACGGGCCAAGGGGACGCGCAGCCCGACCCCUGCCCCUGGCCGGCAGCGCCGGAGACCCAGGCUCUGACGGAAGGCCACGCACAGAGCUUCCGGGGCCGGAGCCCACAUCCCCCGGGCGGAGAGGGGCCCUGCAGUCCCCAGGAUGCCGGCGUGGCGGAGGGCAGAGCGGGGGCAGCAUCGGGGCUGGACUCUGCCGGCAGCCCUGAGGGCGCGGCGCCCACAGUGGAAAGCCAGCGGCCAGAGCAGCAGAGGACAGAGACCUAUCAGCAGGAGGACCCCCACGGCCCCUCCUCCUGGCAGGAAGCCGCCCAGCUGACCACUUGUCCAGCUCCUGCAGCGGCUGAGGAGGCCACGCCCCCCACCCAGCACCAGGGCAGCGCCCUGCCCCAGCUCCCCGCCCCCUCUGGGACCUGCUCCGGGUCUUCAGCGGGGUCCCGCAGCUCCUCUCCCGAGAGCGGCCCAUCCUGUCCCUCUCUCCAGGAGUUCCAGAAAGUGUCCGCUUUUCUGGUCCAGCUUUCGGAGAGCUCUACCUCCCCGUCAGACUGGGAGGCCGGGGACAGCCCGGAUGCAGACCUGGGCUGGUCUGGAGGGUCUUCUCCUCGGGACUCUGGGGGGCUGCACGGGGACGGACGGCAGGAGACCUGGGAGGGGCCGGCAGGCCGUGGCACCAGCCCCCUGCACCGCCCCUCCACCGUGUCAGGCAGUCCAGAGUCGGAGCCAGGCCCCUGGCAGCGAGGCUGGACGCCGCUGCCCCCCCGUGUCCCCUCCCCCGGGGCGGGAUCGGAGCUGUCAGAGGCGUCCAGCGAGGUCUGGGAUGAGGACAGUCUGCGGGAGCCUGGCGCGGGCGUCCAGCCGGCCGCGGGGCGCGCCUCACCUGCCGGUGGCUCCGGUGACCUGGAGGAUGGAGGGGCACCUCGCACCCCACUUCUGUCCCUGGGCCCUGGCGGGGGACAGGAAGCUUCUGGAACCAGUGGGAGCCGGACCCGUGGGUCAGACACGGGAAAGGCCGGCCGGACGCCCCCCGAGGCUGCCCGCACGGCUUUCCCGUCCGAUCCCAACUCCUGCAGUGACUUGGACCUGUCCCUGUCCUUGCCUUCGGGGUCCUCGGCAUCCAAAGAGGCGGAUGUCAGCGAAGGACUGGAGCCCGGGCCUCCGCAGGCGUCCCUGGGCUGCCCCGAGGGGCCCUGGGCUGCCGGCCUGAGGGCGCCCGCCGCCGACAGGAAGCCCCCAGAGUGUCCUCCUGGAGCCGCUCGUCUGCCGGCAGCCCUGAGGGCUGGGAGCGGGGCACCCGGGCAGGCGGGGAGCGGCGCAGCCCCUGCGCUGGAGGAAGCUCCGCCUCCGUCGGCCGGCCGAGUCCUGCGGGAGAUCCUGUCCCCGGUGGACGACGUGCUGUCCUAUGGCAGCACCGACCUCCCGUCCUCCACACGCAGGGACGUGCCCCUCCCUGCUCUGCCUCCCGCGCCCCCAGCAGAGCUCAGGGCCACCCCCAGCCCCCGCUCAGAGGACUUCCCUUCCCCACCCGAAGACGCCCUGUGUCCUGGGGGCUCACUGAGCCCCCCAGAGGAGGGCACCUCCAUCAACACCUGCGAGUUGUCGUCCUUGUCCGAGGAGGGGCCGCCCGAGGGACCGUCCCUGGGGCCCCAGGAGGCCAGCCUCUGCCUCGGGGCAGGCGGACGGGGUGGAAACCUCGGGGACCAACUGGGUGAAUCCAGUUCUACUGGGGGGAACCAGGCUGUGGGGGGCCGAUGGCCUGAACCCUUCAGCUGGCUAGGGUCCCCCUCAUGGGGCGGGGCCGGCGAUGCCCCGGAUGGGAUCCCAGGGCUGACGGUGCAGCACCCAACCCUGCCCCGAGUGGACUGUGUAGCUGGGGGGGCCCUGCCCACACCGUGGGCGGCUGGCAACCCAGGGCUGCCUGGCACCUGGCGGGGGGACCCGGCUCCUGCUUUAGACGCGGGUCCCUGCGCUGGGCCGCCCGGCGUGGACAGGACGCAGGUGGUGGAUCUGGUGUCCACGGAGCUCACCCGGAGGAUCCUGUGCGACACGCUGGCAGCGCUCUCCGAGAGGGCCGCGCCGGGCCGCCCGCCGACCGGAGAGCGGGCGGGUGCCAGCCGUGUCGCCAGGCCCCCCACAGCAGGGCCGGGCAGUGUCGGGGAAGACGGGACUUCUGAGGAAAGAGCAGACGUCCUCCGGUGACCCAGGGGCGUCAUCGGCAUCACCGUGCGAUUGUGUGUGAGUGCACUGGUGUGUGUGUUUGUGCGUGUGUGUGCGUGCUGGAGGCCUCGGGGACUCUGGGCCUCCCAGGGGCGGAGCCGCCACUCGGAAGGGCUGGCCGGGGAGGUGGUCAUCGGGUGCAGGGCCCGAGACCGGGCAGUGACCCCUGCACGUCCGCUGCAAACUGGCUCCGUCCGCAUGUUUCUGGGCGUGGGGCCCACGGCUUCCCCCGGGCUCUCGAGGGGGACCCUGACCCACAGGGAGGAAGAGGCGGGAGGGGAGGAGGCCGCCACCCCGGCCGGGGAAGGGGCGGAGGGCGCGGACGUGAGGGAGACCAGUCCUGCAGAGCCGGGGGCUGGGAGCAGGCCCUGGGCACAGACCUGUCACCGUCCGAGGAGACCACGUGCCAGGACGGGGCCAUCGGCCAAGGCCGGGAGAGGGAGGGCGUGUGGCUUUAGGGGCACAGGGAGGCCAGGGGCUGCGGCGGGCUGCAGUCGGGCUGCGGACGCCCGCCCCUUGGCUCUGCUCAGGGAGUCGUCAGUGCAGUUAGUUGCGGGAGUGUGACCUCUGGGGGCCGAGGGUUGCCUGCAGGCCACAUGUCUGGGGCGGGUCUGCCACCCUGACGACGGCUGGCGACACGGGGCUCUCUGGCACCUGGUGGGGGGACCCGGCUCCCGCCAGGUGCCUUCCCUGUGUCCGGGGAAGUCACUUGUGGCUGUGCGGCCCUGCAGGUAGAGGGCGUGGCUGCUCAAGGGCAGAAGGGCACUUCCUCCCCACAGCCAGCCACCCUGCGGCCUGUCCCCUGGGUGGGGGGGGGCAAGGCCUCCCCCAAAUGAGCUCCUCUGGACUCCUGGAAGAAGCGGGAGCCCAUGUCCUCGUGGUGUCCACGACUGAACGUGUCUUCCGUGGCCCCACGUGGGCCUGGACCGUGUUCGGAGGUGUUGGCCGUGCUGCACCGGAAAUCCACGCUGCAAGGCACCAAGGUUUCCGGUGCGGAACGUCAGAGACGGUGAACCGGGAGCAGGACUGAGGGCUGCCGGUGGGGUCUCAGCCGGCUGGGGGCAGGGCGGUCCUGGGGCCCGCUCGGUAGGACAGCGCCGGGACAGCUGGCCUCUACCCACGGGUCUCCACGGACCUUCACGGGCCAGCGCUGGUGCCUAACUGUGGGAGCCACCACGCAAGACACUGCCUGGUGGGCUCUGACUGGGUCCCUGCAGCCCCCCCCCCGCUCCCCUAGAGCAGGGCCCUUGCCACAGCCGCCGUCCUGACAGAAGCCACAGGACCCUUGGGCUGACUAGGACAACAGCAGACCCUUAUGUCCCGUUUGCCCGUCCCCAGAACUGGGUCUCUGGGCCGCGGCGGGGGCCUGAGCUGCGUCUCCCCCGAGCACCCAGAAAGCUGGAGACUGUUCCUCCGGGGGGAAUUCCCUGUAAUUCAUCUGUAUCUCCUCUCGUUGACCAUCUGCCUAUCAUCCGUCACCUCCCGUGCGUCCAUCUGUCCGUCUGCUCUGAUCUAUCAUCCGUCCACCCAUCCACCCAUCCUUUUCCAGUUCUCUUCUUGACCUGGGAAACCCCUGCUUGAUGGGAAGUCCAGAGCCCCCGGAGCGGUGCGGCGGCCUUAGGAACGGCCGGUCCUGGCGCCGACCCCUCCAGGCCCCGGCUCCGCCCACCCAGGACCCCAGCCCCUCCCCCCGGCUGUAAGAGGGGAUGUCACUCACAUGACUACUUCCUGGGGAGCUCCGCCUCCACCACCUGGAGAGCCGGAGACCUCUGUCUGCAGGGCUGGCCCUCCACUCUGCCACUCGGGGAGCGCCCCGGAGAACACUGCGGGGGCCCUUCCCCAGGCCCUGGCCUCUGGGGCGGCCCCCCAGGCCCAGGCCCAGGCCCGCCCGCUCCCGUGCCACCGCGCAAGGCACCGGCUGACAUUCACGUAGACGUCACGCCGGCUGUUCCCCAGUCCACCCUCCAGCGCAGGAGGAGAGGUUUGGAGCGGGCGGGGAAACGUGUUCAUUUCUCUGCGCGCGCAAUUUCCAACCAAAUUUUGAGCUUCAGGGUUUAUUUUUGUUUUAUUGAUUCCCUUCCAGUUUUCUGAACAAAUUAGUCUGUAAUUUUUUUUUUUUCCAUUUACGGCUGACCCUUUGGGAUUUAUGACGCCGUGUGAGAGGAGUUAUGUAUUUCACACACGCGUAUUCGGCACGGCGAUAAAUCCGCCGCGUGGAAACCCUGCAGAUCUGCCUCCAGUUCCACGGUCCCCUGUCCGGCGGCCGCGUGGGUGGGCGCUGGCGUGACACCGUGGCUGAGCACGAAGCUGAAACCAGGGCCUCACGGCGUGACCUCACCCGGGUGACCCAGCAGGCCGCGGUGUUGCUGGGGGCAUCUCCCAGCCUGCGGCCCCCUGUCCCCAAGGGGGACUAAAGAGAACCCCUGCCUCCCUCCCCCGACAGUGGCACCUGGGGGAGGCGGGCCAUCAGGUGACUGGCUACAGAACAGCGUUCGCCGAGGGGGCGGGCAUUUGUAAUCCUGGCCCACGUGACGUGCGUGCGGCCGAGGGCUCCGGCGUUCGGCGGCAUUGACCCCGCAAGCCUUCAAUGUCAGGAUCACUCCCUUCCAAGGCCCCCGCGUGCUCGAGUUGGCUCCGAUCCCCAGUCACCUCUUGCGCCAAUAAAUCUUGAUGCGUGUCU